AUGUGGGGAUGCCCAUGCUCACCGGUCCUCCGAUCCUCACCGCCCCUAUUAUAUUUAGUGCUGCUAGCCCUACUGCUACCACUACAGUACUAGUACACCCCUCUCUCUCUCUCCCCCCUCUCCUUUCGGCAGCAGCCAGCAGCAUCUCUCUCUCUUCCCAGCCAGCCCAGCCUUGUACUGCCGCCACUCCCAAUCCUAGCCUUAGCUCCCUUCUUCUUCUUCUCCAUCCUCUCGCCUCCUCCCUUUUCUUUCCCCUUUUUCUCACACCCUUCUUUCCAGUUUGUGCUGUCUGCUGUGCUCCAGCUUUAAUUUCUCUCUCGCACCUCCACCACUCGCCGUAGCUUCAUGCGCGCUCAUGGCAGCUUCCCCUAGCGCUCUCCCCCAGCACCUCAAUUCUGCUCUAGCACAGGCCUAGCGGGACGAAGCAAGCCAGGAGGCGCCGGGAAGGCGCAGGCUUACUACUGUUCUGCCCUUCACGCACAAGCCCGAUAUGCAGCAGCCGGGCAUGCCGCCAUUCUCGCCUGCCGCCGGGACGCCGGUGGGGGCGGCCGCCACGCCGGCGGCUGCUCCGUCGCCCAUCAGCAGCCGGCCACCGGAGGGACAGCAGCAGCAGCAGGUCGACGAGCUCGCAGGAGGAGGCGGCAGCUUCGCCGACCACGAGGGCAGCAUGUCCGCGGGAGGCGACGAGGGCGAGCGCGGCGGGCCGUCGGGCAACCGGUGGCCGCGGCAGGAGACGCUGGCGCUGCUCAAGAUCCGCUCGGAGAUGGACGCCGCCUUCAGGGAGGCCGCGCUGAAGGGACCCCUCUGGGAGCAAGUCUCCAGGAAGCUGGAGGCCAUGGGCUACAAGCGGAGCGCCAAGAAGUGCCGCGAGAAGUUCGAGAACGUCGACAAGUACUACAAGCGCACCAAGGACGGCCGCGCCGGCCGCGGCGACGGCAAGGCAUACCGCUUCUUCUCCGAGCUCGAGGCGCUCCACGGCGCUUCUUCCUCGCCGGCGCCGCACCCGCCGCCGCCGUCGUCUCUCGCGCCGACACCUGUGGCCAUGGCGCCGCCGGCCACGCCGCUCCCCGUUCUGCAGGGUGUUCCCGGCAUGGCGCCGGCCAUGCACGCCGAACAUCAGCCGACUCGCGUCGCCGCCGUGCCUCAGCCGGCGCCGCUGAUGAGCGGCACCACUGCGCCUGCGGCCGUCGCCAGCGACGCGGCAUGCAUGAUGACCCCCGGUGACGUGAGCUUCUCGUCGGGCUCGGACGGGGAGGACACGGAGGACACGGGCGACGGCGGGAAGCGGAAGCGGCAGGGCGGGGACGUCGGCGGCGGCGGCAGCGGCAGCGGCAAGAUGAUGCGGUUCUUCGAGGGGCUGAUGCGCCAGGUGAUGGAGCGGCAGGAGGAGAUGCAGCAGCGGUUCAUCGAGGCCAUCGAAAGGCGGGAGCAGGACCGGAUGAUACGCGAGGAGGCGUGGCGGCGCCAGGAGGUGGCGCGCCUCGCCCGCGAGCAGGACGCGCUCGCCCAGGAGCGCGCCAUGGCCGCGUCCCGCGACGCCGCCGUCGUCUCCUUCAUACAACGGGUCACCGGCCAGACCAUCCCGAUGCCCUCCGUCGCGCCGCCGGUCUUCAUCAGCGCGCUGACGCCGCCGCCCCUGCAGCCCACUCCGGUGGCUUCCGCUGCACCAGCGGCGGCACCGGCGCAGCACCAGCAACCGCCAUCAAUUCAUCUGUCGCCGAAGCCUGGAAAACCGCACCCACAACCGCAUCAGACGCAACCGCCGCUGGCGCAGCUACAGAUGAGCAGCAAGGAGAUGAUCGUCCGUGCGCCGCCGGCCGAGUCGCAGGAGACGCCGGGGUCCGGUGGCGGCGCGCCGUCGCCGUCUCGGUGGCCCAAGGCGGAGGUGCACGCGUUGAUCCAGCUGCGGACGGAGCUGGAGGCGCGGUACCAGGACUCGGGGCCCAAGGGCCCGCUGUGGGAGGACAUCUCGGCGGGGAUGCGGCGGCUGGGGUACAACCGGAGCGCCAAGCGCUGCAAGGAGAAGUGGGAGAACAUCAACAAGUACUUCAAGAAGGUGAAGGAGAGCAACAAGAAGCGCCCCGAGGACUCCAAGACCUGCCCCUACUACCACCAGCUCGAAGCACUCUACCGCAGCAAGGCGCUCGCCUCCUCCGCCGCUCCUCCGCCCCCGGCGGAUCAGCAGGCGGCAGGUGUCACCGUGCUCGCCGCGGUGCCACUCUCCCAGACGCCGCCGCACGCCGAGCAUGGCGGCAAGGACUGCAGCAACGGUAACGGGAACGGGUGCGCGGCGGGUAGGGGCGGCUCGGACAAUAAUGGCGGCAGCUCCGGGGGCAUGCAAACGCAGGCGAGCAACGGCGGUGUUGCGGCCAGGUUCUCCGUCGAAGGCGCCGGCGGCAAUGGCGUCGCGACGAACAAGCCAGAAGGCAUCAUCACGAAGGAGACGGCGGCGACGACGGAGCCGAGGCCGCAGCCGGUGUCGAUGAACGACAGCUACGUGAACGACACCGUGGACAGCGACAGCAGCAUGGACGACGAUGAUGACGAGGACGACUUCGACGACGACGACGAGGGCAACGUCGGCGGCGGCAACAGCAAGAUGCAGUACGAGAUCCAGUUCCAGCGGCAGCAGCAGAGCCAGAGCAGCGUCGUCCGGCCGAACGCGAGCGGCGGCGCCGGGUCAGGGCCGGGCGGCCCAGGCCCGGCAGCAACAGCAAGUGGGUCUUUCUUGACCAUGGUCCAUCACUAGCUGCAUACACACACACACACAGACACACACACACACACAUACGAAAGCAGCGUACAAACGUGCUGUACGUGUCCUCCUUGCACAGGUAAAAGUGGACACCAUGCAUGCAUGGCAACUUCAUCUACCAAAUUAAACUUUUACUCUCCCUUUUCGAUCGAUCGACCGAGAGCUCCAAAGUAAUUCCGGCUAGCUGUUCAUCGUUUUCACCUGGAUCGGAUCCUGCUGCACAUACACAGUACAUGGGCGUAUACAUACGCCAUGCAUAAAGACGUGAGAUUCACCGUACAUAUAUACAUGAUGGUGGUAUUGGAGGAGGAAGGGACUGUCUCGCGUAGAUACUGUGUGUUACUGCUACAUAUUACAGUGGUAUGGUACAAGCACAAAGACAUCUAGAAAGAGAGAGAAUGUGCUCCGCGGGAAUUUCUUUAUUUUUUUGGGUAUACUUUUGGGCCUUUCUUUCUUUUUUUUUCUUCCCCUUUUUUAAUUAAGAAGAGUUACUGAACUGUCCAUUAUGUAAUUUAUUAUAAAUUCGUUAUUACAUAUACUGUGGUUAUAUUGAUGACUGUUAAACUAUAUGUACACUUAAUUGGUAAAUGUAAAUUUCUUGAGGUUCUCCACGUAAAA